GUGCGUGGUUUCCCGGUAGUUCCCCAAGCUCUGCUUGGGUAUCGGCAUAUUCCCGUCAGUAAAAGAGGCAACUCCAGAAGCUCCCGUGUUCUGUCGCAAGGUGCAAUGACUACAAAAGUAGGUCCUGUAUCCACAAAGUCAACGCAGCCCUUUAUCCUGAGAAUUCCUCCAGGGUCCAAGUUCAUCCAAGACCACCUUCAAGAUGCCACCAGCCAGUCCAGGACCAUCCACCAGCUGGUGUUGGAGCAUUUUCACCUCUUUCUACCCAAGCUGUUGGUAGUCCAUCCUGGUCAGAAAGCCAAAGACCCCUUGGCUGUUAUGAAGGGUGUGGGUUCGAGCCUUCCAUAUACAGUGGAGCUUCUGCCCAGAGGAGGAGUCCAGCAGAAACAGGAGACAGUGUCUCUGUGUUUUAAAGCUGAUUCUGAGGCACUCACAGUCUUUGAGGAUUUGAAUGUCUAUCACUCUCAGGAAGAAUGUGUAAGCAUGGAUCCUGCUCAACAGCCCAACUCAGAGAAGGAAAAUAAUGAUCGUGUUGGGGAAAUGAUGUUACUGCCUCCAGGUUGCAAGGAAAGAAGACCAAAUACACCCAUUCUUCAGCCAAGGAGACUGAGAAGUCUGCUAGUUACCAUUGAAAACAAGACCCCACUAGAGGAGCUGUCAAAAUAUGUGGACAUCAGUAUUACUGCACUUGCCUGUGACCAGAAAGUAAAUAAAUGCUACAAGUGUCCGCUGUGUGGGAAGCAGUUCAGUGACGGUUCUUACCUCAUUUCCCACCAGAGGACUCACACUGGGGAGAAACCUUAUGACUGUAGCCAGUGUGGGAAAAGGUUCAGUCACAAGACAAAUCUCAAUAAACAUGAACGAAUCCAUACAGGAGCAAGGCCUUACUCCUGCGCUCAGUGUGGGAAAAACUUCCGUCAGAAUUCUCAUCGUAGUCGCCAUGAAGGAAUCCAUGUACGGGAGAAGAUACUUAAGUGUUCAGAAUGUGGGGAAACCUUCCCUAAAAAUGAAGACUUUUUACUUCAUCUACAGAGUCAUGUAACUGAGAAAUCUUAUGGUUGCAAGAAAUGUGGGAAACGAUUUGGUCGUCUGUCCAACUGUACCCGGCAUGAAAGAACUCAUUCAGUAUGUAAGACCCAGAAGCAGGAAUGAUGUCAGGAAAGGUCCUGCCUCAGCCUGACAAGUUUCUUGAGGAAUUCCCAAACUACCUAAAAAGAUACAGAUACCUGAAAGCCUUGUUAUCAUCAUUUUGGCUGAAGCCUCGGAUUUUAAGAGUUCUCCCUGGGAAGGAAACCUCCUCAAGGGCUGUACCUCAGUCGGCGCAGACUUUUGGUCUACAGAGCUUUCCUGGUGAGCUGUGCAAUGGUACAUGUCACGUGGCCCCUCAUGAGAGACUGAAUAUGAAUUGUGCCUAGGGCUGUGUAUCUCCCUAGGUGAACAAAGUGUCAUUGAAAUAUGUCCCAUUUCCUUCCCUCAACAAACAUAGGAAUUUGCACUUGAGAAAUAAUGCCAAGGUCCUCUCCCGGAACUGUGUUCCAUGGAAACAACCAAACCAGUGACUUCUAAUGGCAAGUCAUACAACCUUCAGGCACUCUGAUAAGGUGUGACUGUUGACUUGUUUACCUCGCUGUAAGGAAAUGACAGCACAUGAAUGUCACAGAGUUGCUCUCAUUUAUAUAUGAUUUAAA